UUCCAGGCCCUGGGCAUGGAAAGCGUGAAAAUAAACAAGCGUCUCAGAGGUGACAGCGACAUCUGCCCGCCCAGUGAGGCCCAGCGGCUCUCCUUGGCUCCACUUCGCAGGUUUGACAUCUAUAGGAAGGUGCCCAAGGACCUCACACAGCCGACGUACACCGGGGCCAUCAUCUCCAUCUGCUGCUGCCUCUUCAUCCUCUUCCUCUUCCUCUCGGAGCUCACCGGAUUCAUAACCACAGAAAUCGUGAACGAGCUGUACGUCGAUGACCCGGACAAGGACAGCGGGGGCAAGAUUGACGUCAGCCUGAACAUCAGUCUCCCCAACUUGCACUGCGAAUUGGUCGGGCUCGACAUCCAGGAUGAGAUGGGCAGGCAUGAAGUGGGGCACAUCGACAACUCGAUGAAGAUCCCACUGAACAACGGGGUGGGCUGCCGCUUCGAGGGGCAGUUCAGCAUCAACAAGGUCCCGGGCAACUUCCACGUGUCCACACACAGUGCCACCGCCCAGCCGCAGAACCCGGACAUGACCCACGUCAUCCACAAGCUCUCCUUCGGGGACACGCUGCAGGUCCACAACGUCCACGGCGCUUUCAACGCUCUCGGGGGAGCAGACAGACUCGCCUCCAACCCCCUCGCCUCCCACGACUACAUCUUGAAGAUCGUGCCCACCGUUUACGAAGACAAGAGUGGCAAGCAGCAGUACUCCUACCAGUACACGGUGGCCAACAAGGAGUACGUCGCCUACAGCCACACGGGCCGCAUCAUCCCGGCCAUCUGGUUCCGCUACGACCUCAGCCCCAUCACGGUCAAGUACACAGAGAGACGGCAGCCUCUGUACCGGUUCAUCACCACGAUCUGUGCCAUCAUUGGCGGGACCUUCACUGUGGCUGGCAUUCUGGACUCGUGUAUCUUCACAGCCUCGGAAGCCUGGAAGAAGAUCCAGCUGGGCAAGAUGCAUUGAUGACCUGCCCGGCCCCACGGCCAAGGACCCGGGAGACCAGCAGCCCUGCCUCCAGCACCCCGUCUCCUCCUACCCUCUGUCUGGCUCAAGAUCUGGCUGUGUCCCAAAGUGGGGGUGAGGGGAGGGAGGGGGUGGCUCCUGGGUUCGACGCUACCUCUUUUCCCCAAGUUUAAUUUUAGAUAAAUUACACUGCCUGAAGUUGGGGCACCCCUUUAUUUCCCUGAGGAGCCCCAAGACCAGAGACAGGGCCAGGACAGCUUGGGGACGCACUCAAGAGCUGCAGUCCCCUCCCUGUUGGGGGGAAAGCCCAGAAUCCAUGCUGACCAGCUCGCAGCCAGGCUUUGACAAUCUCGCAGCGCCCACUGUUUGGUCCCACUGGUCACUUGGGUUCUCUCCUGGGCAGGCAGCCUGCAGACCUGGGCUCCAGAUUCUGGACCAGGCUGCCCAAAGGCACCUGCCACCUGGCUCCCUCAACAAAGUACGGUACUUCCCGGGCAGGCCCCUGAAACGUGGCGCCCUAGAUGGAGCCCUCGCCUCUGCUCCAUCCCUUCCUGCCUGACCUCGAGCCCAGGCCUCAAGGCCCUCUCUCCCACGCCUUUCUUUUCCUCCCCAGAAGCAGAUGCCCAGUGGCAGGGCAGCAGCCUGCGUAGACUCAAGUCUGCCCACUGGUCACUGGGCGCUUGGCGACUUCGCCUUCCUCUCUCCAUCUCGUUCCUCUGCACCCCCUGCCAAUGUGCCUCAGCCCACAUGCUGUGUGGCCCAACAUGGCUUGGUGGAGGGGCAGGCUGUGACUGGGAAGUCAUCCUUUGAGGACUAGACAUGGUUUGUGCAUCAAUGUCCAGAUGGGAAGCAUCAUUUUCUGCGACCCUAAAGUAAUCAUGGCUUGGCCUCUCCCAGAUGGCUGCCAGCGGUCCCAAAGCCUUAGGUGGGAGAAGCCAAGCGGACCAGCCCAUCUCCCAUCUUAGCACGUCCACCUUGGGCUCCCAAGGGCGCACAGUGCUUGGACCUCUCUGAACCCAGCUGUGGCCCGCCUGCCCCACCGAGCUCCCCAUUGGCUGGCCACCCAGCAGCUCAGUCCUGGCUCCUGGGGCUGCUCCGCUGUUUCCUCACUGGCUCCUGGGUGGGUCCCCAUGGGUCCCCACCCCACUGCUCCCCCUUCUCCUUCCCCUUUAGUCCUGAAAGGGAGGGGCUAUGGUCCAGGCACAAAUUCCACCCAGGGAAUUUUAGGUAUGCCCCUCUGUCCCAGUGAGAGAGCCGCCCACUGUUUUCCAUGUAUAUCAAGAUUGUUUGCAUACUUCUGUAAUUAAGGGGAGUGUCCAGUAGAAGGCAUUUUAAAAUUAUCUCUAUGGAUGGUUCAAGUCUCUGCCUUUUGUGAUUUUUGGCUCUAGAUUCCAAUUAGAGAAGCUUCCCUUUGCAUUUGAGUUGAUGGAUGUAAGUGUAAACUGUAUUUGGUUAUUUCUGGGAUCUGUGGCCACUCAGAUGGAUUUUUUUUUUUUUUUUUGCAUUCUCUUCCCCCGUUACAAAAGGAGUCCCUUGGGUGUGUGAAUGUGUGCCUGUACAGAGUGGGCAGGGCAGGCUGGGGAAGUGUGUGGCAUGCACAUGAAUUGAAAUCCCACGUUGAUGCAUUUUAAAAAAAGAUCCUUGAGGACAUAGGGGAUGUCAGUUUCCUAUGGAAGAGACACCUCUGACUCAUUCUUAUAAGCAAAAUCUCAAGGGGGAAAAAUGUCUUAGUUCUUUCCCCACUCGUUGGGUUCAAAUAGAUUAAAAGGCUGAUUUUCAGAAAUA